AAUUAGCCACGUGUAAACCUCUCGGCGACGAGCCGGCGCUGUGUGGGUAGAGUCGACGUCACACCACCACCCAUCGCUAAAAGGCCACCCUUUCCCCAAAACUUUUUCUCUCUCUAAAAGAUACUUUUGGAAGUCUUUUUUGUUUGUUUUCUAAUCUCUGUUGCGAUUUGCUAAAAUACUCUCCUUCGCCCCCAAGUUGUCUUCUUUAUCUGGUUUCUACUCUUCCUCAGAUAACCAAAACCCUGAAAACAAUCCACAAGCGUUCGCAGAUCUCCGACUCUUGUACCCUAAAUCUUUCUAUCAGCUCGGUGCUUGUAAAGGCGAAUCUUUGAGGAAAACUUCUUUCGGGUAAAAAACUCGACCACUUAGAGAGGGUUAUUAUUGUUUAAAAGUAGACGGCCUGGGUCUCAUGAGAAUUGUUAGGGGAAUGCAGAGAUUGUUUCGCGAGGAGCAAAUAACACUGGGCUUGAAGAAAUCCUUCAGCCAAGGGACUGGCAUCAACACGCCCAGGGCAAGAACUCGUGGCAAACCCAUGGCUGGUGGCUUCUUGUGUCUCUAAUUUGUGGGAUCUUUUACCGUUCCUCAUUCAGAGUUUAUAUUAAACACCAUCAGAUUCCAAUGACUCGAAUUUUAGUUCAACGAGGUUCUACGGGGAGUAGUUCUUCUUCUUCGAACUCAGCCCGUUCCUCUUCCUUGUCGAGGUCCUCUUCUGGCCAUCCUGAGCAGCAAAAUCUUUCAGCUCUGAAAGAUGAGGAAAUUGGAGAAGAGGUGCAAGUUGCAGACGACCUUUUGGAUAAUUCUGGAAUCACAGAAAAUAGGGCAGCAAAAAGUGAUGAUCUUUUGAUUGAAGGUCCUUGUGGUGAUAAAAUUGAGAGUUCAAUUGAGGAGAAUGGCGAUGGUGAGAAAUUAAUCAUUGAUGAUAUCUUGGAUUCUGGGGAGUUGAUGAGAGGAUUGGGUGGGUUGAGAACAUCAGGGAGAAUCGUUGUGGAAAAUGAAGGCACCAGUGUCAUUUCUUCACUGUCUGGUAGUGGAAGUUCGCAUCCACCUCCUCCUCCUGUCCCACCUCCAAAACCGUCAGCCUCAACUUCAAGGAGAUUGGUCCCAGGAAGUUCUAAUUCUGUGAGAAGAGCAGUUGCCUGGCCUCUUGUGUCAACAAGGUCUUCACCGACUGGGUCUCGACCUUCAUCUCCCAGGUCACAUGCUGAAAGUGAGGGCUAUAAUAGUGCUGAUGAGCAGAGCCCUUGCUUUGCAUCCUCCUAUGAUGAUUUGGAAAGAGAGCGCCAAUUUGAAAUUGGUAUUCGGCGGGCGAAAGGGUUGGAAGUCAAGCGGAUGUUGGAAGAUGGGAACUGUCUCUUCCGUGCCGUUGCAGAUCAAGUCUAUGGAGAUUCUGAGGUGUAUGAUUUGACCAGGCAAAUGUGCAUGGAUUAUAUGGAACGAGAGAGGGAUCACUUUUCACAAUUUAUUACAGAAGGUUUUACAUCAUACUGUAGGAGGAAGAGAAGAGACCAGGUCUAUGGAAACAAUGUGGAGAUCCAAGCCUUAUCUGAAAUGUAUAAUAGGCCUAUCCAUAUCUAUUCAUAUAGCACAGAACCUAUUAAUAUAUUCCAUGGAAGCUACAAUACUGAUACACCACCGAUACGGCUAAGCUACCAUCAUGGGAAUCAUUACAACUCUCUUGUUGACCCACGUCGAUUGGCAAUUGGUGCAGGGCUUGGAUUCAGCUGUCUUCGUGGGGUGAAUGUUGAUAGAGAUCAAAUCAAGGCUGCUAUCAAGGCUCAGCAGGAUCAACACAUAGACAAUGCACUUUUGGCUGAGGGGCGAUUUUACUCCGAUCUUGAGCUUACUGAAAAGGAGAUGGAACGUAUGGUGAUGGAAGCUUCUCGUGCUGAGUAUCUUGCUGAUGACAACUUCAAGGGUCAUAAAGAAUCAUCUACUUCCAGUGCUGAACCAUCGUCCUCUUGCACAAUAAAUCUGAGACCAGGAUCGUCUGGCAGUGAGACCAAGCUGGGAAGCGGGAGAGAACAGGGUUCGCAGCACACAGUCCUCAGCAGUAGCAUGCGGAUGUUAUUGUCGAUGGGAUUCACGUAUCUGCAGGCAAUGAAGGCGUACAGCAUAUUUGGAGAUGAUGUAGAUUCGAUGGUUUGUUACCUGCUGGAGACGGGUAAUGGCAGCAGACAGAAAGGCAAAGCAACUGAAUGAGGAAAUGGUUGCCAGUCAGAAAGAGACCGGUCUUGUUGAGGUCAUAUUGGCCGGUUCUACUUAUGUCAGAGACCUGUCAGGAUCUUAGAUUUGUUACAUUACGUCUAAUUAAUAAAUGGAUUUGACUUGAGCUAUAAUUCAUAUGAUGUAGUAGUGCCCGUGGUCAGGUUUUUAUAUUAUUAGCUCCAGCAAGUUCUGUUUGAGGCAAAUGUUGCUCAUCUAGAGUAAACACGGUGCAGAUGGAUGUGAAUAUUUGAGGAUCUGAGCAAUUUUUAACCUGCUUUGAACUCUUUAGCCUACUAUCAAGAUAGGUUAAGGGAUCACAUUGCAGUGGAAAUGUCAGGAUUUUUUGACCAUUUUAAGGUUUAUGUUCAAAGGGA